AGAUGAAGGAAGGACAAUGUUGUGGAAAUUGUACACAGGUUUCCUGUAUAAUUGAAGUGCCAAACAAACCACCAAUUAUUCUUCAGCCUGGAAAGAAAAUGCCAGAUGAAAAAAACAACUGCACUAUGUAUGAAUGUGAGAAAAUAAGGGGACACUUUAUUCCAAACAUCUAUAACCAAUGGUGCCCACCCCUAGAUUACGAUAACUGUGAGCCCGGAACAAUACAUAUGGAUUCUGAUGGCUGUUGUCAAACAUGUACUCCAAAGGCAUGCAGUGUUACCAAGAACAUCACCUACAUCACUCACCAGGGAUGUCAAUCAAAACAGGAAGUGCCAAUGACCUCUUGUGGUGGCCACUGUAUGACCUCUUCAGUGUAUUCUGCUGAAGCAAACAUGAUUUCACACAAAUGCAGCUGCUGUCAGGAGUUGGAAAUCAGCAAGAAAAAUAUCACCUUAUUGUGUCCAAGUGGUGCAACAACUGAGUUUACCUACACCUACGUAACCAAGUGUGGCUGUGUAUCAACAGAGUGUAAACGCCUCACAAAGCAAUUGGCAGAGCCUCAGGCUUAGGAUGUGGCCCACAGAAUACUACAGAAAAAGAAUAAGGGCAAAGGUUUCCUUGGUAACCAUCAAAAAUCAAUUAGAACUUUCAGUAGAAAAUAUUUAUGAGAUGUGACACUAAGACACUGUUUCAACCUUCUUUAAGUAGACAUUAUAAUGUGGUUUAUUCAUAAUUUUUUCAAUCCAUUCUAUAGGGCCCAUUAAGCCAGAAAGAAAUUAAACUUUAUUUCUGAGCUUCUGUCUGAGUUACAGAACCACUCAUGUAUUUGCUGAGUAAUGGGAUAAUAUGUUUUUUUCUUGGCCA